AUGGCAUUGUUGAAGAGUUUAACAGAAUUCGAAAGUGUUCCAUCUGACUUUGAUUAUCAUUUCUUCAAAAGUUUGGCUGUAAGGCUAAUUGACGGAGGUAAAUCAAUAAGUUAAGAUUAAUGUAAUCUUUGUUUAGAUUCACUUAAAUUGGAUGACAUUUAUAAGUUGGUCAAAGAAAACCUUUCAAAUCAGGUAUUGUUAUGUGCUUAUGUUGCUACUUUGUUAUACGAUGAUGACGUUGAUCAUACACUCAGGUUUUUAUCUCAAAAUGUACAUAACUGUUUGCGUCAAGCUGGCAGUUGUUCAUGUUUACAACAGUUACUGUUUGACCUUGCCUUGCAUCUGGAGAAGAAGAAAUGUUUGCAUGAUGAAGUAAAGGAUGGUAUGUUAUCUUAUUUUAUGUCGACUAAAGGGCUUUAAGUGCGUAUUAUAGUGAAAUUUUAAUUAUGUUAUUGUGACAAGCUUUUUAUGGGUAUGGCGCUUAAGUUCUUGUCAAUGUUGAUGUCAAAAACACCGUUCUUGUUACAAAGUUUUCUAAUUUUGUUACCAACUGAUCGUCGAUCAGCAGUAAUUUAGCUCUAUUGCAGUAUUCAUAGACGACGGCUUCACCCUAUUGACGUCAGAGCGAUCGAAUGUUGUCAUACGAAGACAGAUCGCCCAUUUUCUGGUCGAAGUCGCUAAAAGUAAGGCUGAGAAGGACACUAUUGUGAAACAGUUGUACGAUGCGUGGGCGGUGGCGGAAUACGCUACGAUAAUUGACGAGGUCAGCUUUGUGUUACAUUGCACGGAUUUGUUUCGAAGCUUGGAUCAGGAUCAGUGUAGCCAUGUUGUCGAAAAGUUUGUGGACUUGACAAGGCCUUCCCUUAAUACCGUCAAGUUUGUGGCUAAUGUACUGUGAGUUUGGAAGGUUAAGAUUGUUUAAAACAUGUUAUUUGAAAGGAAGUUUGUCUACCUUGUUUUCGUUUUGUAUGAUUACCUUUAUUUAUAAAACAUAAAUUACUGUAAAGUUUAGAUUGCUGGAUGAGACCACAAUUGUAAAAAGAUUGUCAGAAGUGGAAGACCAGAAGAGCUUGUCAAUGUUAUGUUCUGAAGUUAUGAAGCAAUGUUCGUAAGUUUGGAACACAAAAUGUUAUAUGUUAAUAGACUUUGCUUACAGCCCGAGAUUCUUCAAAUUGUCAUGAAUAACAUGCGACAGACAGUGGAUUAUGCCAUCGAAUACAUUGACGAAAUCGAAGAAAGGUUCAAAGAAGUAAGUUGAUUGACAUAAAAUCUAUUACGUAGUAAGUUACUAGUUGAAGUGUGUUGUGAUUGGAUUAAAAUUAAGCUUUUACUUGUUCUAAUAUGAGCUGAUACCUCUAAAAUAUUAUUUAGGACAUGCCCAAGCUACAAAGAGAAAUCAAUGCCAAUUUGGCCCAACCCAAAAAGUGUUCCCAAGACUCUCUAAUCAAAUACUUGAACUUCAUGAGGUUAUGUUACGGUGUGUCGUCUUCAGAAUACGUCCAAGCACUCGACGCUGCCAAGUUGAGGAUUCAGAAGACUCCGGAGAUUCUGGACAUGAUUCUAAGUGACAUGGACGAAUACUGUGAGCUAUUCAGAGAGAACAUGGUCAAGAACAUAUUCAGUGAGCUCACUGUCAACAUAAUUACUAUCAAGAACUUCCCCAAUUGGAUUCUGGUGGAUUCGGCGAUUCUGAUUCUGAACAAGAUUGGAGAUUUCUUCGAUUACGGUAAGUUGAUCUUUUAAGCUUUUUUUGGAUUCAAUAUUAUUGAAAUGAAGUGAUUUUUUUAAAAUACCGUAAAAAAGGAUUUUGCUUUAAUUACACAGUAUGACAUUCAAAACAUUACUGUAAAGAACACUUUCAGACGAAGAACUGAUACACGAUCGGAUUCUGGAGUUGAUGAAAACAAGAGAGCACGAAGAUGUUGACUACGUCAGAGAUACGGCCUUCAGGUUUUUGCUACAACAUUGUCCGGACAUGGUAAAGCAAUAUAUGAAGCAAUUCUUUGUCAACAGCAGCAACGUCGACAUAAGGUAUCAUAAUAAACGUCAAACUUUUGAAACUAAAGUAGAACUCAAAAAGUUAAUUUUUUAUAGUAUAUAGCAAUUUGUGAUGUCUUUAAAUCGAUAUUUUCAGGAUUUUCAUUUUGGAACGCUUACUUUUGGCAUCGAAAGCGGAAUUGCCUGAGGCAAAAGACCUUGAUGACAUUAUGGAUGACGUGUUGAUGCUGGAAAGUAAUCUUGAGGUAAAGGAGAAGGCUUUAUUGUUGAUGGAGAAACUUGGUCAUUCUGAUGAGCAUUGGAAGGAAAAGAGUACGGAGUUGCGAGAGAGCAUCAGAGAAGACAGAACUCGUCAAGAGAGGAGGAACGAUCUUGAGUAUCUGACCCACAUGAUCGAGAGUGUCAAGACUAGUUGUGAUUGCUUCGAUGAUCAUGUUGCCAAAGAGUGCUACUGA